AUGGCUACUUCGACGCAGCAAAAGAGCCUUAUCCAUACUGCGGCAUGUUUGAUCAUUGGAGACGAGGUUUUGGGGGGCAAGACUGUCGAUACCAACUCGGCAUACCUCGCUAAGUUUUGUUUCUCAUUGGGCAUCAAUCUACGCCGAAUAGAAGUCAUUGCCGACGAUGAAGGCGAAAUCGUUGAAGCUGUGCGACGCAUGUCAAAGAAUUACGAUUUCGUCGUAACUUCCGGAGGAAUUGGUCCUACGCACGACGAUAUCACGUACCAGUCAAUAGCCAAAGCCUUUGGCUUGCAGCUGAAGCUGCAUGACGCGGCUUUUGCGCGCAUGAAGCGUCUUUCCAAGCCGCACAAAUCACAGCCAGACUUUGACUGGAACGUCGAGUCUGCGGCCCUGACAGCCAAGAAGCGCAUGGUGGAGCUGCCGAUAGACGAAUCUGUUCCCGACGAAGAUCAAGUCAUCUUCGUCGGCGACGAGCUAUGGGUUCCUGUUAGUUGUGUAAACGGGAACGUCCACAUCCUGCCUGGUGUUCCUCGGCUGUUUGAAGCCAUGCUGGAUGGACUUAGGCCGCGCAUUCUACCAAGGCUGACGGACCCCGAAGGCAAAGGAGUGCUGCGGAUUCUCAUCUCGACUCCUAUGGCCGAGAGUGCCGUUGCGGGAUAUCUCACGGAGCUGGCAGCCAAGGCAGAGCCCAAGGGCGUGAAGGUGGGCAGCUACCCUCGAUGGGGCAAAGAGCGCAACACGGUAACGCUCGUUGGGCGCGAUCGCGAGUUCAUGGAGGGCCUGGUGCCGGAAGUUGAAGCGGCUGUUCAAGGACGGCGCGUAGCAGUCGAAGGGGAAGACGACGAGAAGGUGUCUGACAAAGAAGCGUCGCUAGCGAGCUGA